CUUAGGCCAUCGCUAUCGCGUACUAGUUGUGUCUCAGUCAUCCGAACUCCUCAGAAAGGAAUGUAUUCCCAACGUGGAUAUGUUGUCCGUACCACAGCUGAACACUCGCCCGGCAAAGAGCGGAUAGACACGCUUCGUCCUUUCGUCUUCGCGUUCUAGCCUUCAUGUAUUCCGUAUUAUCACAAAAAAAAUUGGCUAAGUCUUUUGAAUACACGCUGUAGACGCCGUGUACUUCCUGCACCCUAUAGCACAGUCAUGUCUAUGUAUAGAGCGCCCGGCACAUCGAUGUUGCAAAACAGACCUUGGAUACUCUCAAACGAAUUGCAUUAUAAAACGAACGAGCAUCGACCAAAUCAACACGGUCAACACUUGGAUAUUGGAAAAGACCAGCCAACUCAAGCCUACCCACGAUGUACCUCCGCGCCGUCCAUGCUGAGGCAGAUGUUGCGAAGCUGCAUCAGUUCAUCCGCGCAAACCCAUUAGGCAUCUUCACCACAGCCAUCGAAUCCAAAUCAUUUCCCUUCCUCCAAUCGAGUCACAUCCCCUGGGUCUUAGAUACCGACCAAACAACCUCCGAAACCCAUCUCGGCGUCCUCCGCGGCCACAUCGCCCGAGCCAACCCCCAAGCCAAAGUCCUAAUCGAACACCUCAAAUCCCAAACCAACUCCGACACCGAGCAGCCGGUCCAGACACUCUCCCGCGACAUCAUGGUCCUCUUCAACGGCCCAGCCCACCACUAUGUGACCCCCAAAUUCUACACAGAAACCAAGCCCUUGUCCGGAAAAGUAGUGCCAACAUGGAACUACUCCGCCGUCCAAGUCUACGGCCGAGCCACUAUUUUCCACGACACAAAAGCCAGUUCUACAGGCACUUUCCUCGACAAACAGAUCCGAGACCUUUCGCUCCAGUCCGAGAAAGAGAUUAUGGGGUACGAGAAGCCGUGGCAGGUUGACGAUGCACCGGCGUCGUACAUUGAGAUAUUGAAGAAGGCGAUUAUUGGGGUGCAGAUCGAGAUUACGGAUAUUGGGGGGAAGUAUAAGAUGAGUCAGGAGAUGGGGGUCGGGGAUCAGCGGGGUGUGGUUGAGGGGUUUAAGGCGAUGGGGUCGGGGGUUGGGGAUGAGAUGGCGAGGACGGUGGAGGAGAGGGGGAAAACGGGGGUAAAGGCCUAG